AUGGUGAAAGAGAUGAACGCCGAGCAAGCCUUCACUGGAGAAGCGUCAAGCAGUCACCAGCAAAAGAGGCAACGAAGACUUACCUCCACUGUUGAACAAGAAAAAGUAGGCGAGAUUGGUGGAGGAACGAAGAGUGAAACGGAGGCACGAUCUGGGACUAUGUUUGAUUUGGAUCUUCUCGACUGUCCCGUUUGCUGCCAUGCACUGACAAACCCUAUCUUUCAGUGUGGCAAUGGACACAUAGCUUGUUCUUCUUGCUGUCUCAAACUGAGGAGCAAAUGCCCUGCCUGCGCUUUACCCAUUGGUAACUACCGAUGCAGAAUCAUGGAGAGAGUUGUAGAAGCAAUCAUCGUUCCUUGCCCAAACGCAAAACAUGGUUGCACCGAGAAGUUCUCUUAUGGUAAAGAAAUAGCCCAUGAGAAGGAAUGCGGUUUCGCUCUGUGCUACUGUCCUACACCAAACUGCAAAUACACUGGCGUGUACAAGGACCUCUACAGUCACUACUAUGCCAACCACAAGGACAAGGACUUGUGGAAUUGUUUCAUGUGUGGCCGUUCCAGUGGCGCAUGGCUAUCCACAAGCGAGAAGAUUUUAAUCCUUCAGGAAUCUAGUGAUGGUCCAUUGGUUGUGCUCCAGUGUUUCAAUGAACCACAAGGAAUGUAUGUAACUGUGAACUGCAUAGCACAUUCUGCUCCAGGAGUUGGGAGAUUCUCCUACCAUCUUUCCUACUCGUUUGGAGAUGCAACAAUGACAUUUGGAUCAACAGAGAUGAAUAGGAUUCAGAAAGUGGCCUUCCAAACUCCUCAGGAAGACUUCAUGUCAAUUCCUUCCUAUUUGAAUCCGCAGGCUAUUGUGCAGAACUUGCGUAUUUGCAUCCACCGGCUAGAAGAAGAAGAAGAAGAAGAAGAAGAAACUGUUGAUGACUUGCUUAUUCUCAUCCGCCUGCUAGUAGAAGAAGAAGAAGCUGUUGAGGCUGACGAUGUUAACAAUGUACGCAGGUCAACUCGUGAGAAGAAGGCUAACUCCAAAUACCAAAACAAAGUCAAGUAACCAAAGGCUUUGUCUCCUUUCAGUUAUAUAUAUUUGAUUAGGGAGUUUUUGUCCAUCUACGUUCUCUUGCAUGUCUCCUUUUUGUUGUGUGUUGUUUGUGUUUCAAAGUUUGUAAGAACUCAUGU